AUGGUCAAUACCCUGCAAAAGAUCUAUAACAGGACACCCUGGCAGCAGAAGCGACUCUCCCAGCCCCUGAGCGACCCAAACUAUAUCUCCUCCCCUCUGCAGCACUCUUCCGUCUUCGAGGAGGUCCUCGACCAACCCGCCCAAAACCAUCAACACUACUAUCAGGAACCAUCUUCAUCCCUGCCCUCAUCGUCCUCCAACCCGCUGCAGCGUCAAGUCUCGAUCUCAGAACCAGACCGCUCCCCCCGUCCCCCUCGCCCCAAUUCCAUUGGUCUCCGUCCUGGUAGCAGCAAUAUCCAACGCACUAAUAGUAAUUCUAAUCACACCGGCAAUGACGACAAAAACCAAGACAAGGGCAAGGCCAAUGCUGAUCCACAGCCGUUGAAAAGGGGCAUAACUCGAGCUGACACAAAGAUCUCCCUCCGCAAGUCUGGGAAGGAUUCGCGUCGCGUCUUUGUCAACGUCCCGCCACCUCAACAGUACCUCAACAAGAAUGGAGCACCCAAGUUCAGCUAUGGAUCCAAUCGCAUCAACACCGCCAAGUACACGGCCCUGACCUUCUUGCCCAAGAACUUGUUCGAACAGUUCCGGAGGGUCGCCAACAUGUUCUUCUUGUUCAUGGCCAUCAUCCAGCUCACACCCACCUUCACCGUCGGCUCGCCCUUCCUCACAGUCUUUCCCCUCUGCUUCGUUGUCGGUGUCACGGCCAUCAAGGACGGAUUUGAGGACUAUAAACGACAUGUUGAGGACCGUAACUUUAACCAGCGACUCUGUCAACAACUCAAAAAUGUUGCCAAUUAUAAUUACCCGGCCGACGUUCAAAAGGACAGGAACAUUGCUGCAAAAACAUGGAGCAUACUUUCAUACAACAUCAGUGAGGGUAUUACGAAGAUGAUGAGGGCACUCAAGCUGUCCAAGGAGCCAAGCCAUGACCUCUCUAAGAUGGACUUUAAUGACGACGACACUAGCCAUCCGACUCCACAGCAGCAGACAGCAUCCCAGGAUGGCUCGACACCUGAAGCAGCCCAGCCAGAGUUUAACAAGGAGCAAUGGUGCAACUUGCGCGUCGGCGAUAUCAUCAUGCUCAAGAACAACCAGGCUGUACCAGCAGAUGCCAUCAUCCUCUCGACCUCCGAGGCUGAGGGCUCUUGCUUCAUUGAGACCAAGGAUCUGGACGGCGAGACCAACUUGAAGACACGCAUGUCACUUCAUGAGACCUCAAAAUACAACACGGCGCGUCGAUGCAGUCGCCUCAAAUGCCAUAUCGACAUAGAACCCAUCAAUGCCAACUUGUUCUCAUUCAAUGGAUCUCUGACUAUGCUGGCGCGGAAGAGACGUGUUACGGAGCAAAGAGCUGGACAGUCAGGAAACAACCGCUACAGUGUGUAUGCUCCCUCGAUCACGUCCAGCAUGAUGUCGAGUCAUCGCGGAUCUUUGGACCAGAAUCGCAACUCUCUUGAUGAUCAGCAUGAACGAGGCACCGCACCUGUUGAAGGAGACGAUUCGAUCGAUCCUCAAUUGCCUGCGCAAGGUGGAACCAGUGCUUCGGAGUACGCGCGGCUUCACAAGAGCGCCACCUACAAGCGUCGAUCUCGGUUCUCAGAAUCACAGGAUGCGCCCGCUUCACUUACAAUAUCUAAUGACAACCAACCCGGGGAUAAGCAAGAAUACGAAGAAUCCACGGAGACAUCGUACCAGGAUGGGCGCCAGCGUCUCGAGACAUCCUCCUCCCUUCGCCCCACGAUCUCGAAGCGGAACAGUCUGCACCGGACAGCAACAGGAGCCAGCGUCAGUGGUGUCAGUGGAAUUGCCAAGAGCGUACUCAGGGCCAACCACGAACAGCAGAUGUAUCAACAGCGACAGCAAUCGCCGGACGAUGGUCUUGUCCGCGUAAGCAGCCACGGUCAACAUAACAGCGGUCAGUACAAAGAAACAACCAUUCCUGUGGAUAUCAACAACAUGCUGUUACGUGGACACGUUAUUCGAAACACGCACUGGGUUAUUGCUGUGAUUGUCGCGACUGGAACAGAGACCAAGAUCAUGUUGAACUCUGGGGAAACUCCCAGCAAGCGCAGUCGUAUUGAGAAGACCAUGAACAUCCAGGUCGCAAUUAACUUUGCUAUCCUGCUCGUGCUCUGUAUUAUCUGCGCUGUGGGAUCGACAAUCAACGACAGGCGUUGGCGGGAUACGACGGCGCAGCAACUCUGGGCUAAUUCUACGCGCGGCCUUGUCACAGAGGGCGUUGUAACGUUCUUUACGAGUUUGAUUAUUUUCCAGAACAUCAUUCCCAUCUCUUUGUAUAUCUCUAUCGAAUUCGUCAAGACCUUCCAAGCAUACUUGAUCUGGCAAGACAGUGACAUGUACGAUAUGGACCUGGACGAGUUCUGCACGCCUAAGACUUGGAAUUUGACGGAUGACCUGGGUCAGAUCGAGUACGUCUUCUCAGACAAGACAGGCACCCUGACCAGAAACGUCAUGGAGUUCAAGAAGUGCACCAUCAACGGCAAGAUCUAUGGCAACAAUGCAGUCUCAGGGCAGACGGAUGCUGAAAAAGGAUUAGAGAUGAUGGAUAGUGGUCAUGGACACGAUCAGGAACCUGGUGGGGAAAGCGGCGUAAAAUCCGGUCAACAACAGCAGUCUGGUGAUCAGGACCAGGAGCGCGAAAAGGAGGCGGUUUUGAAGGAUUAUGACCAAGUGAUCCGGAAGAUGUUUGAACCAACAUACAUGGAUCCUCUCGAAACCCUCAGCUUUGCGGACCCAGAUCUCCUGCGCGACAUGAAUGGACAGGGCGGUGGAGCCUCGGAGAACAGGAGUACCAUUACAGCCGGUAGUGGCAACGGCGAAGGCAGCUCGACUUCGACUCGGCGAGUGGCAAACCACGCUGGAGCAUCGACCCCUCAGCACGGUGGUUCGCCCGCCAGCAACAUUCGAGAUUUCUUCACUCUCCUGGCUCUUUGCCACACUGUUGUUGUUGAGCAACCUGAAGAAGAAAUUCUAGAUGACGAUGAUGAUGAAUUCGGAAUGUACGACGACGACGGAUCUCCCAAGAACGGCGUAGACAAAAAUGCCAACCCAGUUAAUUCGUCCCAGGAACAAAAGGGAUUCCACCUGGGAAUCCGCGCGAAGCUGAAGCAGAAGGUUGGGGCUGCUGGAUUGUCAGUACCCGGAGUGACAGGAAAUCAGGCGUCUGGUUCUGGAACGAGAAGCCGCAAGAACUCUAACACUGGACCUGUCAUGCCUCUUGGAAAUGCAUCGAGGGAUAACUUGAACCAACAGCAGGGCAGUGGAUCGAACGGAUCGCUGAAUGAGCAGAGCAAGACCAAGCCUACGCUGCAGUAUCGUGCCGAGUCGCCUGAUGAGGCUGCGCUGGUCUCUGCUGCCAAGAACGUGGGAUAUGUCUUCGUUUCUCGCGGUGCGGCUGCCAACACUGGCGAGGGCGAUGGCAAGAAGGAAUCUGGGAACUCGCGACAGAACGUCAACGUCAACUUUUUGGGACAGGACCAUACUUAUGAGCAGUUGGAUGUGAUCAAGUUCAACUCGACUCGCAAGCGCAUGACCGUGAUCGUUCGUGAGCCUCAAGCGCUCGGUGGCAGAAUCUUGCUUCUGACUAAAGGUGCAGAUAAUGUCAUUUUUGAACGCCUCAGUCAAAAUAACGAUGAUCAGGCGCUGCGUGAUCAGACGGAGCAGGAUAUCGAAGCGUUCAGUAACAUGGGUUUGAGAACAUUGACUCUGGCACAAAGGGUGUUGGACCAGGAGACCUAUGAAGCCUGGGCAGCCAAGUACGCGGAGGCUGGAAAGGCACUGGAUGAUCGCAGUAAGAAGUUGGAUCAGGUCGCGGAGGAGAUCGAGAAGGAUCUGACGCUCAUUGGUGCGACCGCUAUUGAGGACAAGCUGCAGGAGGGAGUUCCCGACAGUAUCGCGGCGCUGAGAGAGGCCGGUAUCAAGGUCUGGGUAUUGACAGGAGACAAGCUUGAGACAGCCAUCAACAUCGGAUUCGCAUCUCGCCUGCUCGAGAAGGACAUGAAGCUCGAGAUCAUGAAGAUGAGUCGCAAUGAGGAGCCUGACCAUGUGUUACGGCGUUUUAAGGAGCUGGUUGAGGGUGUUCUAAGUGGUCGCGGCAGUCCUGAGGAGCAGAGUGGAGCCGAAUUCACCUCAAAGUCGACAAAGACACAGCAAAGUCAAUCUGGAAAUGAAAAGUCCACUUCACCUCCAGUAUCGCCGCCAGCAUCGCAGUCGCAUCGACUAGCGCAACAAUCGCCAGUUGAUGGAAGCCCGUGUGAUGAAAAGCACCUCCCCCCAACACCCUCAGAUACCUCGCUUCUCUACGAGCCCGAUCACUCUAUUAAGAACUCUCAGGAACAGCAGCACGCACUUAUUGUUGACGGAUCUGCACUCAAGAUUUUGCUCGAUGACCAGAAUGCACGCAAGGACUUGAUCCGUUUGUCCGACGUCUGUUUCUCUGUCAUUUGCUGUCGUGCUUCGCCUCUGCAAAAAGCUCUCGUUGUUGAACUGAUUCGUCGAGGCAAGAAGACUGUCUGUCUCGCGAUCGGUGACGGUGCCAACGAUGUGUCCAUGAUUCAGGCGGCCAACAUCGGUGUCGGUAUUGCGGGUCAGGAGGGUAUGCAGGCAGCCAUGGCGUCGGAUUACUCGAUCACUCAGUUCCGGUUCAUUAGGAAGCUGGUCCUUGUUCACGGCCAUUGGGGCUACAUGCGUAUUGCGGAGAUGAUCCUUAACUUUUUCUUCAAGAACGUGCUCUGGGUUGCCGCCGUCCUUUGGUUCCAGAUCUACUGCGGAUUUUCUGCGAUGUUGUUCUACGAUUACACGUUCGUCUCUCUUUACAACUUGAUGCUGACGGCCGUUCCUGUGCUCGUCCUUGGUGCGACGGACCAGGAUCUCACUGCACCCUAUAUCCUUCGCUACCCAGGCGUGUACAAACUGGGCAUCCACCAAAAGCGCUAUAACCAAUUCCGCUUCGUCGUCUACAUGCUGGACGGCGUCUGGCAGUCUCUGGUCGUGUUCUGGUUCUGGCGUGGAGUGUAUGGCAUGAACAUUUUGAGCCACUCUGGAAUCGAUAGUUCACUGCUCGAGUUCUCGACAUCGGUGGCGAUUACGAACGUGGUGAUCGCGUCGUUGUACGUGGGUCUGCAUACCUACCACUGGACAUGGCUGAUGCAUGUGGCUGUGUGGGGCUCGAUCGCUUUCUUGGUGCUGAUGAUAUUGAUCUACGGAGCAUUCAUGUCCUCGCCGAUUUACCAUGUCGCGAUCCAGCUCUUUAGUCAAGGACCGUUCUGGUUCAUGUUAAUUCUGUCAGUCGUGACCGCAUUCUUGGUUCGUUACACGGUGCUGUUUGUGAGCUUCUGGUGGUUCCCAGAUGAUGUGCAUGUGGCCCGAGGGAUUAUGAUUGCAGAAAAGCGCAACGCGAUCGCAAAGGGGGUCAAGUGGACGGGACUGGCGCCCGAUGGCAUGGCCCCGCAGGAACAGUCGGAGCAGGAGAAGGCGAUCUUGAAGAAGGAGGAUGAGAAGAAGGCCUUGAAGGAGGCCGAGAAGGCCGAGAAGCAGGCAGCCAAGGACGCGAGGAAAGAAAAGAAUCGACAUGGCGGCAAAGGCAGAGAGCGAUCGUACGAUCUGAGUAUGGUCCAGAUCAAUGUCAAUGACCAUUCUCAGCAGCCCUCGGAGGAGCACAGCUCUGCAGUGCCGUAUCGAACCAAGAAUGCCUUACCAAACCAGAAUCAGGAUCAAAACCAGGAUCAAAAUCAGGGUCAGGGUCAGAGACCUGCUCUGCCACAAACCCCGCUCGAGAUUCAACGGCAGCUGCUGCAGGUCCAGCAGCAGCAGCAGGAUCGGUUAGCGGCUGUGAAGCCGAACGAUCCAGCAUUCCAGCAUAGUCGGAGAACUUCUUCGUAUAAUUACGUGAACUCAUUGAAGGACAAACCUACUGCAUUGCCACCGCUGCCUACACCGUCGAUCCCAUCGGGCUCUGCGGCCGGGUCGGUAGCUUCACUACAUGCACAGUCUGCAGUACCACCACCACUACCACAGCAACAGCAACAGCAACAGCAGCAUCAACAGGAACAAUAA